GAAUAUUUAUGUCAAGGAGGUAGUAUCUGUCUCCUUGAACGGCCGAAGUGUCCAACGCCCGGCUAAGUUGCCGACUCACUUCACGGCGUCUCCCGCCGGCCAGCUCCAGGACGCAGCACGGCAGCACGUCUCAUCAGUUGUCUCCUUCUCGCCUCACGCCCGUCACCCGGUCGCCUGCACUCCGCCAUUUACCGGCCCUUCGGCGGUUCGGCCAAUCCGCCCUUCUCAAUAGUCACCUUCCGACCUUCCGUAGUCCCGCAGAUCUGCCAAACGAUGGAGCUGCUUAAGAUAUGCAAAAUAAGCUACUUUCAAUGAGUAGAAGGUGCCACACCCUGUAUCUGUGCAACAUAUUAGUGAGAGAUUUUGUUGUUAUUAUCUGCAUAAAUAGAUAAUGGAGGAAUCAGAAAAGAGGAGGGAAAGGCUAAAGGCAAUGCGAAUGGAAGCUGCAUGUACCGAGGGUGAAGCUGAGAACACUACGGGUGUGAGCUCUGUCCAUGGCUUAGCCAACCCACUACUGGUUGAAGAUCAGACUGCUCAACCUGAGAUCUCUAAUUUGAGACCAAGAUUUGACUACUAUACUGAUCCCAUGGCGGCCUACUCUUCAGACAAGAGGAUGAACAACCAUAUCCCUCAAGCUGUCUCACAGCCUGACUUCAGACCACCAAGAUUGGCGUUUUCAAAUGUUUCUGGUUAUCGUUCCCAAGGAAGCUACGUUCCAAACCAAAGGCCAUCACGGCCAUAUGUUCCAGCAUACCACCACCACGCCUUCAGUCCUCCUCCAGGGGGCAGCCCUAUGCACUAUAGGGGCCCACCACCACCAGAAAAUAAUCCAAAUGUUUGGUCUAGCAGCACUGGUGGCAUACCUAGUAGCAACUUCCCACCUAAUCCUGUUAGAUUCAAUAACGUUCCAAACCAUGGUUCAGGUGGGCCUGGUUAUGGUUAUGGACGAGGAAAAGUGAGUAGUCUCCUGCCUGAUUCAGCUCGGGUUCCAUAUCAAAACCAAGAUUCUGGAAGAGGAUGCAAGGGUGGUAGAUGGCAAGGGAGUAAUGCUGCUGCACGUGGUAGAGAAUGUCGAUAUUAUAACAAGUCAAUGAUAGAAGACCCUUGGAAGGAAUUGCAGCCCACCAUUUGGAAGAAGAUGGCAGUAAAUUCAAGCCAGGGUUUAUCAUGGCUUCCGAAUUCCAUCAGCAGUACGAAAAAGGCUAGGGUUUCAGAAGGCCCAGUGGUUAUGUUAAAGCCUGAGCAAAGCCUUGCUGAGUACCUUGCUGCCUCGUUUGGUGAUGCAGUUGACGAGGGGCGUGUAAAUGAGGAGUCUGGUGCAUAAGGAGGAGCCAUAUAAUAGUCUUGGCAUAGUUUUUCUGAGUAUUUUGUUAUCUCAUCUAUGAGGUCCUUACUCCCCUCCCCCACCAAUUGUUAUUAUGAGUGUGAGUGUGAAGUUAAUAUUCCAAAUUCUGUUGCUCUUCUACAUUCUCUCCUCUGUGACUAUAUAGGUAACAUUUCACUCUUUAUUGAAGUACAAUAUUUACUUUGCCCCCCUUUGUCUCCCAGAAGUAUGUUUUCCUUGGGAAAGUUCUCUAGAUUAUAGCAGCGUCCGGGUAAACAUUUUCCCGGAUUCCAAUAUUCUUUUGG